AUGGCGGAGGUAGUCUCGGGGCUCCUAGUGGGCCAACGGUUCAGUUCACUCGAAGAAUUCAAAUCAGCGAUACGCAAUAUCUCCGUCCGUCAACAUUGGGAUCUUCGAGUCGUGCGUAGCAACAAGAAGAGCGUCGUUUUGGGGUGUCGAUCGUCAGCCAAUUGCUACUUUCGCGUUGUGUGUCGCGCGAAUAAGAAUGCAACGUAUAUUACGAGUUUACAGGAUACACAUAGCUGUCGACGGAAUCUGGCUUCACCUGGCUCGACGCCGGCUCGGUCAGAGGCAUCGCAUGUACGGUUUUUGUUGAACGAGAUUCCCAAAUUGUUUGAUAUGAAGAGCAAAAUUAAGGGGCAGGAUGUGGUGGAUGCUGUUAAACGGUAUCAUGGUUAUGAUAUUUCGAUGCGACAAGCACAACGCGCUUUGACUAAGCUGCAACCUCGGCAGUCAAGAGGAGGACACGCACAAUUAGCUGAUCAUGAAGACCAUGAUAUCACGCAUGAGCCGUCAUCGUCAGUCCGAGUCAACAAUGAUACUUCGUUUGAUCCUUUAGGUGAUGACCGCGGCUGGCCCGAGAAUGGUCUUUCUACGACACUGAUGGAAGACGAUAGCAUUGAUCAAGAUGAUUCUCCCACAGAGACGACUGCAGCUGCGAUGGUUCGCGUGCAGCAAAACAAUCCGUCUCUGGCUGCGAUCUCACACCAUGCUCAACCCGGACCGUCUAAUACUCGAUCUCUUUCAGUCUCGACCAUGUCUCAUCACGCCUCGCAAAUUGCGCCUCUUCAAGCAAGUGCACAGGGUCCCUAUGUCCAGCCAAUUCAAUUACCUGUUCCUCCUAGCCCUCCCAAAACGCAGAACUUGCCUUCGCUUCGCCACCCUCAUUCUCAGUCUCAUGCACAAACUCGACCGCAACCUCCUCCUCCGCAUCAUCAACAACCAGCCCACACAGGCCAUCCGGUCGCCGCUCAAUUAGUACUUACAAACUUCAAAAUCGAAUUUACAUGCACAUCAUGUGGUGCUUUAAAUCAGAGCUUCUUCCCGAACCAGGGCAACGUCACGGGUAGUAACUAUCUUCCACCAGCAGGAACGCAUGGCAUGGCCCCUUCUGGUACUUCGGGUGCUGCUCAGCCUUCAGUUGCUACUAAUGGCCGUUUAUCGAUGGAUGGAGUAGCUGCUAACACGACAGCUGAUGCUGUUGCGGCUGCUGGAUUCGGAGAGACUGAUUAUCAAGCGAGCGCAGCUUCGCACGGUCGCGAGAUACCUCCAUGGGGAGGUGGUCUGGAUGUUUCUAUUCCUCCUCCGAACACAUAA